UCUCUCGAUAUCAGUGUCGUGUGAAUGUGGCAGAAACUUUAAAUGUAGCAGGCUUCACUUCCUGUAGCACUACGUUAACCAGAAUCCUUCACUCACACGAGGGGCGAAGAGGUCAAAACAAACUGACAGCGCGUGUGGACACACUGUGCCUCUGAUGGCUGGUCGACUCCUCAAAGUCUCAUCUUUGGCAACAGCAGUGUUUGCCUCCUCUGGGUUUUACCUCUACAACAGACAGCUGGACCUCAAUGACCUAAGUGUGAUCCGCUUCGGACGAGCUGCAGCCACCACGGCGGUCAUCAGCUAUGAUUAUGUGACUGCUUUCAGACAUGUGGAAUACGGCACAGAGGAGUACUGGGCACUCAAAUCCAAGGUGCAUCUGCGGUCAGCGGAGCGUCUUCGUGACCUGUGCUGUGCCAACCGGGGUACUUUCAUCAAGGUGGGUCAGCACCUUGGGGCUCUGGACUACCUGCUGCCUGAGGAGUACACAUCCACACUGAAGGUGCUCCACAGCCGGGCUCCUCAGAGCAGCAUGGAGGAGAUCCGGCAAGUCAUCAGAGAGGACCUUGGAAAGGAGCUGUCAGAGCUAUUUGUCUCCUUUGAGGAGAAGCCUCAGGGUGCAGCCUCCUUAGCCCAGGUCCACAAGGCAGUGCUGCAUGAUGGAAAGACAGUGGCUGUCAAAGUCCAACACCCCAAAGUCCAGAGACAGAGCUCCAAGGACAUCGUGGUGAUGGAGGUGUUGAUGAGGGUGGUCCACUGGCUCUUUCCGGACUUUGCCUUCAUGUGGUUGGUGGAGGAGGCUAAGAAGAACAUGCCACUGGAGCUAGACUUCCUUAAUGAAGGACACAAUGCUGAGAGGGUGGCCAAAAUGUUGGCCUACUUCCCCUUUCUCAAGGUCCCCAUUAUUCACUGGCAUCUAUGCACGAAGAGGAUCCUGACCAUGGAGUUUGUUGAUGGCGGGCAGGUCAAUGACAGGGACUACAUGAAGAAACACGGCAUCAGUGUCAACGAGAUCUCUGAGAACCUUGGUAAGAUAUACAGUGAAAUGAUCUUUGUCCACGGCUUUGUUCACUGUGACCCCCACCCGGGAAACGUGUUGGUCCGAAAGUGUCCCCGGAGCAAGAAGACAGAAAUUGUCCUGCUUGAUCAUGGCCUUUAUCAGGUCCUGCAGCCAGACUUCAGGUUGGACUACUGUCAGCUGUGGCAGGCUUUGAUUAAAGGUGACAUGCCUGGGGUGGAGCGUUACAGCCGCAGACUGGGAGCUGGAGCUCUCUACCCGCUGUUUGCCUGUGUGCUCACUGCUCGCUCCUGGACUGCCGUCAAUGCCGGCAUCAGUUCUGUGCCUGUCACACACUCUGAGGAUGUUGAGAUACGGACCAAUGCAGCGCUCUAUCUGCCCCAGAUCAGCGAGCUGUUGAACCGAGUGCCUCGUCAGAUGCUGCUGCUGCUGAAGACCAAUGACCUGCUGAGAGGCAUUGAAACCAUCUUACAGACCAGAGCCUCCUCCUCGUCCUUCAUCAGCAUGUCCCGCUGCUGCAUACGCACCAUAGCCAGCCACAAGAGGAGUAAGGCUCAGUCCAGGAGGAAGCGUCUGCAGAUCAUGCUGGCGGAGUCUUUCAAUCUGUGGAGACUCACAAUUUAUGAACUACUUCUGUGGGUGAAGGGCUCCAAGUUGGUGCACUGGCUCACUCCUCUGCUGUCGUUUCUGCACUGAGAAACAUCUGGACGUCACACUGGAACAUGAAGAACCGGCUGCAGCUGUUGGCUCUCGAGGGCUUUAUAAAAAACUGCAUAUUAACACAUUUUGAAUAUGUGCCCAUACAUUAACACACACAUGAAUAACUCUUUCGGUACAUACAAGAACACACGAUGCUCAUGUCUUUGGACACCAGGAACAGGUAUGGCUGCUGGUAGUUGUUUUGAUCACAACUUUUACUAUUUGUGCCGUCGGCAGUGUUGAGAUAAACUAUUUUCUCACAAUUGUUACAUAAUUGUAUGUAUAAACUUGAGUGUGACGUAAGUCAUUAUCUUAUAUACAGUAAUACACCAUGCACCUGCACAGAGACCAAAACCUGUGCUCACUGACUGUAUCAUGAAACAUGUGCUAUAGCCGGAGACCUAACUGAGAAGUACUGAGCAGCUGGACAAGCUGUAGUUUGUCAAGAAAUACUUCCAGCACAUAACCCCCCCCUGAAACCACAGACUGUGUUUCAAGUCAAAAGCUUCGAGGUGAUAGUGGACAUAUAUUAAAGAGGCAGAGGACAGAGCCAGGCUAUCUGUCUUCCCUGCUUUCACUCUUUAUGCUAAGCUAAAGCCAACCAUGUCCUGACUUUAGCUCUGUACUUACAGUGCAGACAUGAGAUUGAUAUUCAUAUUCUCAUCUCGCUUUUCAGAAAAGCAAGGCAUUCCCAUGUUCAGAACCGUUCCUGUUAGUCACAACCAUGAGAAGACUGUGUUUGAUAUCCCAGAAUAAUAUGAUUCAGUAUACAUGACCAUAGGAUGAUAGGGUCAUGUGCAAACUUUUAACGAAGGCUGAAGAUCUCAAAAACUUGACAGCUUAUGUGCCAUCUUAAACAUAACAGUGUAUUAGGCCACCCUAAACACCAUCAUACAAUUCACCCCAACACGCAGAAAAAUGACUGCCACACCAAUGGAGGCUGAAAUAGACCAUUAGAAAGAAAUAAAACGAACAAGUAGAACUGUAAAACAAUGAAGCAGCCACAUACCAGAUCAGUUAGCAAGACAGCUGGAUAGGUAAGACAUUCAUACACUAUGACAGGUAUCCAGUCCACUGACAAGCAUGCAACAGGUACAGAUGGUCGCAGGGUACAGUUCACCUCCAUCUCAUGACCAAAGACCAAAUUCAGGCACAUUGCGUACCAGGUGAUCAAUUCUCCCAAAACGCAGAUAAUACCCUCAUGUGAAGUAGGAUUAGUUGAAAUAUGAGAAGACGUUUUUGAAGUCACUCCAGAUGUUAUCUGUAGUGCAAUCCUGGUAGUAUUCCUGCCUGAAGACUAUUCACCAUGGAUUCUACUCCUCAAACAUACAUAUACCUCAGGACUUGUUUUGUCCACUCAGUAAAAAGUUUGUUAUGUGUUCGUUUACACCAUAAACUAUGUCAUAAAGAAAGAAAAGAAAUAGGAAAGGGGCAUUGUGGUUUAACAGAAGCUGCGUGCUGAAGCUACUUGACCAAGGUGACUAUUUCUUCUGCUGCUUACAAUCUUUAGUCAAGCUUGGCUAAAAACAAUGUAUGCAAUAUUGUGUAAUGCAACUACAAAAUGCACAUUUCUGAACAAAUGAAACUGUUCUAGAUGAAUAGCAUCAGAGAAAACUGGAUGUACCAGGUCCAACACAUCCACAUUACUAAUCUCAGAGGCCAUAUCUCUUCUUCUCAUGGAACAAACACUGUAUGAGCACACAAAUAGUUCCAAAAUGAGUUCCAAAAGACUACAAUGAUAUCAGUGUACUGAGUCAAACCGUUUAUUUAUUUUCAUUAUAUUUCCUGUCUACAAUUUAACAUUCGUUAAGAUGGUGGCAUGUUACAAGUUCUCCUGUGUUAUUUCUUUUUGUUGACAUCACAUCCAGCCUCUUACUUUGAGUUGAAAUAAGCACGUAGAAACAAAAUGGUUGGAUGUUUCAUCAUUUCAAAAUAAAUAGCUUAAAAGGAAGUAAAAAUGUAAGAAAUCAUGCGUACAGUGUCAUUUAUUGCAGCCCUGUUUUACAUCUUCUGACAUGUUUGAGGAGCCAUAGGGUGCUCAGGAGUUCACUGUUGGACAGGGUUUGUCAG